UGAAGGUGUAAGCAUGCACACUUACUGCCUGGUCUAAAUGUAAAUGAGGAAGCACAACUUCCUUCCUCACAAACAAGUUACAGUACAAGAUGGCAAUGGCAAUGCAGCUUGUCUUCUUUCUCUACAUGUUGGUUCCAAUAACAGUGUGUGAUGAUGUUUUUAAGCUGGUUAACAGUUCUGUACAACUGGACAUACAAGAACAUUUGGAUAAGUCCUCUAUUCUUUUCUGGACAUUUAAAAAAAAAGACAUUAACAUUGUGAGACAUAUUAGAAAUUCCCAGCCUAUAGUACCUGAAGAAUAUAAAGAAAGGGUGGAGUUCAAUGAGGAAACCUACAGUCUGACACUGAAGAACCUACAGAAGAAUGAUAGUGGAAUCUAUGAAGCAAAAGCAUUUGGGGAGCGCAUUGUAACUGUCGCUACGUACCAGUUAAAGGUGUUGGAUCCAGUGGAGAAACCAGUCCUUACUGCUUCUCUCCAAAGUAAUGACACCUGUAAUGUGUCUCUCACCUGUGAAGCUCAGAAUCUCUCAGUAACCUCUCACUGCUACAAUGAUAAUUGUGAUAUGAUGGAAAAGAAAACAUCUGGAGACACGUUUCCUUUCCUCUCACUGUAUGUUAGUAAAAGUUUUAUCAUUUGUAAUCAUAGCAACCCAGUGAGCUGGAAAAAUACAACUAUAGAGAUAAAACAUGUGAAAGAACUCUGCCCUCCUGAAGGUGUAAGCAUGCACACUUACUGCCUGGUCUAAAUGUAAAUGUAAGAGAAUGUACCUUCUAUAUUAAUGUACUAUUACUAAUUGAUAUUUGUGGUAUGAUUACAUGAUUAAGAUUGAACAUAUCUUCCUCUCCAUGCUAUGCUGUUCCUCACCAACCCUCUUCCCUAUGUUGUAUCACGCUGUCCGGAUCUCACCCUCAUUCCUUAGAAAUUCUAGAGCAUAGGUCACUAACAGGCGGACCGCGGACCGGGUCCAGACCCAGAAGCUGUCCAAUCCGGACCCGGACCUACAGCCAAAACAAAAGGUUAUGAUUUAAAACUUGACGAAGCGCUUCUAUUUUAACGGCGCAGCUUUUGCAGUCUUUACGGUAAAGGUAGUGGAAACGCACAGACCAAUCAAGUCUGUGCGUUCCUGAAGUAAACACUGCGACUCAACAGUGCAAGACAGAUGAGAGAGAAUUAGAGUAAAGUUACACAUGAAAGAAAGAUAGCGAUACAUGUAGAAAACAAAGGGAGAGAAACAGACGAGUGAGACGGAGAAAGGGAGAGAAACAGACGAGUGAGACGGAGACUGAUUUCUGUUCACACUUCAUCAGUGUGUCUCAUAUUAAAAGUGACAAUGUGAAACGCCAUUAUGAGACCAAAUAUAAAGGAUUUGAACAAACAUAUCCACUCAAAUCUGAAGACAGCGUCCCUGAGACAGCUUUCCCAGGUCUGAGGGAGGUAGCCCUAUAAAUCCUGACCAUGUUUGGCUCUACAUACAACUGCGAGGCAGCUUUCUCUACAAUGUACAUAAUCCAAAAUAAAUAUGGUUCUAGGCUCACUAAUGAGCACCUCCACAUGUAUGAGAACGGCCCUGACUCCAUUCAAGCCCAGGUUUAAACCUAACCCAAGCCAAGCUAGACCUCAGUUCUCUCACUGAGAUAUAAAAGGGAAAGUUAAGCACUUUAUUUAAACAUACACGAUUUUCACAUUUUAUUUAUUUUCUCUUAUUUUUAAAUGUAGCCCUACUUUUAUUUAUUUAAUGAGAGAACGUUAUGCAUAUCUGCAAUCAUAUAUAUGUUCAGUUCUAUGUUAUGUGACAAUAAAUAUUGUCAAAAGGUUUUUAAAUUGCACUGAAUUUAUUUGAUUUGACAAUCAGAUGUUGAUACAACUACUAGGCUACUAGAGUGUCAUUUUAAAGGGCAUGAUACUUGUGUAGGGUUAAAGUAUUCCUGUGUAUAAAUAGAUUAUGUCUCAUGAAGCCUGUUUCUUUCUGCCUGUCCCUUUUAAUGCCCCUUUUAAUGUCUCUAGGCUAUAUUUAAUACCUCCCUAAUAAAAUAAAUGAAAGUAUUUCUUUUCUUAGUGUAUAAACACAUUGAAAAACCUGCUGCUUUAUUUCCAGAAAAUAAAAUUCCUAUCAUCUUUUCUCAUUUUUUUGUCAUGGACCAUUUUAUAUACACAAACAGACCAUAUUACAGUGUGAUGCCCAAUUUUAAAAGAUGAAAUUGUCUUCCUCGAUGAUGGCAAACCUUUUUUAACCUUUUACAAACGAGAAUAUAAUUUUUACUGACUAACUUAAAUAAUUUAUUUGUCAGGAGAAUGUGGACUUUUUUCUCUGUUCACUAUGUUCUCGUGCCAGACCACUAGAGGGCAGCCCUGCACGACCCUUCUGUUGUGUGAUUAAAUUCAUCAGUUUAUGAUGUUCACCUGUUUUGUGAUGUUUAAUUAGAUACCUGAUUUAACCUCUUUGUCUCACUAUGUCUUUGUGAAGCUUCUGUUGAUGUCAGUAUAUUUUUGUGCCUAUCUUUGACCCAGUUUUUGUGUAUUCCUGACUCUAGUGUUUGUUUUCUGUUUCUUAAUCUAGUAGUUUCUCUUGCACUGUAAAUAAAUCUCUUCGGCACCUGA